CAUGUCGCGGGGCAUCGGGAGACAGCCAGGGAAUAAACAGGGGGGAUAACCUUACUGCACACUUGAGCAAUGUAGCGUGGGCUUCUCUCGUGUGUCAUUUUACAGCGCCUGGCUUAUCCAUACGCACACUGGGACUCAGUGGAGGGAUGCUGCCAUGUUAUUCUCGCCUUGGCAUGCCUGAUCUACAUGUCUGCUUAUCCUUUUGUGUCAGAGACCUUAUAGUCUUUGUGGAUCUGUGGCGUCGGGUCAACGGUGGCAUAGUGUGUGGCUGACAGACCCCCUCCUCUCCCCUGUCCUUCGUGUGUGCCCCGGGCUCUCAUCAGUCUGCUGGCUCUGUUUACGUCUCUCCCUCCCUCUCUCCGAGGGUCUGCUUCCUCCUGUGUCCCUGUCUGCUUCAGCCUGUUACAUGAUCUUCUAAAACACACACUUUGUACUAUUACGCUCCCGAGCUCAUUGUGGUUUGUUGUGGCAUCAUAAUGCUUUUAACUCAGAAUUGAUCUCUUUCACCCCUCCACCCCCUUCCCUCUUGCCCUUUGACCCUUCCCUCUUGUGUGUCACCCGGCUUACCCUGAGUAUUCUGUGGAUCCUUGCCCUAAACCCACCCUUCCCCCAGUCUUCGUGCCCCUGACCAUGUUGCCAUGCGUCCGCUGGCUGCGGCUGAUCCUCCUCUCUCUGUCCUCUGUGUUCUGGUCACGGGCAGACAACUGCCCCUCCAGCUGCUUGUGCCCAGACCCCCACACUGUGGACUGCAGUGGCCGUGGACUGACCCGUCUUCCUGAGGAGAUCCCACUGGAUGUCCGCCGUCUUUUACUGGCUGAUAACUGGAUCCCACGCAUCCCCUCGGACUUUCUAGUUCUGUACAGUGACUUGGUUUAUUUGGACCUCCGGAACAACACCCUGUCCCAGAUUGAACCUGGGACCUUAAGCACAUCCUCCAGGCUGGUCUUCCUGGACUUAGGUAGUAAUAAUUUGACUGAAAUCCCUAAAGGCACCUUUGGGGAGUCCCGUAGCUUGAUCAAACUCCGUCUAGGCAACAACCCUUAUCUGAGCAUGGUCAGUGAGGACGCUUUCUCUGGCCUCACCUCUUUAAGAGAACUCGAACUGGAGCGUAAUGCAUUAUCCACCCUAAAGGUGGGGGCACUGAGCCAGCUGCCCUCCCUGAGAGUGGUUAGACUAGAGGGCAACCCUUGGGUUUGUAACUGCAACUUUGCAAACCUGUUCACCUGGCUCAUGGAAAACAGCCAUAAACUUCCUAAUGGGGUUGAAGGAAUGGAGUGCUCCCUGCCGAUGGAUGGGCGGCGCGUGUCCCUCACACAGCUCUCUAAAGACAGUUUCCGAGAGUGUCAGGCCACUCUGACUCUCACAGACCUGCUCAUCAUCAUCUUCUCUGGCAUCUCCGUCUCCGUGGUGGCCAUCAUGACCAGCUUCUUCCUGGCUUCUACUGUUCACUGCUUCCAACGCUGGAGUAAAGGAACCAAGGGUGACGAAGAGGAAAGUGAGGAGUGAGAUAUUCUGCAGAACUGUUUUUAAUACUUUAAAGCUGCAGCAGUCACUUAUCUGAGCACUGUUCCCUGUUAGGAUUUACACUGGAAUGGUUAUGUUCUGAAGGCUAAAAUAUGGUCAAAGAGAGAGCAGGGGGUGACUUAUAGCUAUUAUAAAGGUUAGGCAGAUCACGCUCUGCUGGAGACUCAUUGUACACUCUCAUUUACGACCAGGCGUCUUGGGUUGUGGCUCUCUGUAAUAAAUAGGUCUAGAUUAAUGUAAUGGGACUGCCAGUGCUAUAGGGACAGUCAAAUAGUGUAGUCCAAGAGCAGAUGUGUUAGUCUUAGAAGUUCCACAGUGGGAGUCUCAAACCCCAAAAAUUAGUGCUGCUUUGUAAAGCGAGAAAUUACCUCUGAAAUCAACUGCCGAAAUGUGGACGUAUCCUGCCAUAUGUCUCUUUUGAAUAUCAAUAUAUUGGUGGUUAGUGGUUAACAAGCACCAUAGAAGUUAAAAAAGCACAUUUCCAACAGUUUGGGUAAGGAAUGGUUUAGAUUGCUAGUGUUUUCCAAUGGGCCUGGGCAGAUAUCAUGUCAAACAAAGUCACUGAAACAUUGGCCCAUUCACAGACGCAACAAACUGGGCAGGAUUCAGAGCCUUUUUAGCAAUUCACUUCUCUUGUUCUAACCUAACCUGUGCCAUACCAGCCUGGUGGAAAUGUGUCCUUUCCUUCUCUCCUCUCUACUAAAUAAAACUGUUGACUACAGUAACAGUGUACUGUAGUUUAGCCAGCUACUGUUUUCAGUAUGCAUUACACUUUCAUAACUCAUUGUGUACAAUCAGCAUAUACUAUAUUAGAAUGACUGCAGAUUGUUUGAUUCACUAAAAUGUCUAGAAAAGAAUAUACAUAUUGUCAGCAAUAUAAUCUUAAAAUGGUGGAAAUAUAGUUGAUAUGUAACUACUGUGUCAAAUAAUGCACUUUAAAUGAUUCACGUAACUCGGGUGAGCUCCUCCAUGUGAACUGUUUGCCAAAGAGAGGGGCUUGGUAAGACGCUGUUGUGACCGAUCCUCACAGUGGGACUGCAUUAUGGCCAAAUGCUGGUCUUCAAACUGUACUCAGUUGAACUCCAAAGAUUUAUUUUACAUUUCAUGAUCAAUGUAGCUGAUUCAGCGUGGCUUUGGAUGACCUCAGAAUAUUUACAGAGCAGCAGAGGCAGUAAAUUGGGCUUGGUCAC